CACAAGUGCCCGUGCGACCAGCACAAUGACAAAUGUGCCUUGGAUGAUAACACCCACCAAGCAAAGUUGGCGCCGUGACAUUAGAUGGAGAAAUGUGGCGCCAUCAGGCUUGUAUAUGUCGGAAAUGAGCGGGCGACGGAGCGACGACGCAGCGGUCGAACGGCAUCACGACAGUAACCGGUGGCGGCACGGUGGGCCUCUCACGUGCUACGGGGCAGAUAGGCGUCUACGGCUUCAGUGGUUUUGCCGGAAUUUGUCCGACACUUCGCCCGGGCGCCACGCUAGGCCUCCGACGUUGCCUAGCCCGCCCUGUUCGGUGUGCGCAGCAGGCCAUGUGACGCCCCCGCACGAAUGCCGGAGGAGUUGCAACGAACCCGCUUGCCCAGAGGCAGAGCCCCCGCAGCAACAAAGCGGAGCGCCGGGGCCGGCCCUAAGGGUAAGAUAGGCCGCGACUGGUCAGAGGGGUUCGGUGAAAGAAGGCGACCAGCGGGCGCGGACGGCCGAGAUCAGUGCCGAAAAUUGGGGAAACAAAAAGCCGCGCGGCUGCGCUCCAAAACAACUUCAGCUACGUCAUAAGGGAACGAGGCCAGCCAAUCCAUUGGCGCGCCCGCCGGCGAAAAGGAUCGCGCGACCAACGAGCGACGUGGGCCCCGAGGGCCACUCGGCCGCCCCCGUGCGACCGGCGUGGCGUGGCCAUUUUGUGUUGCGCCCGGCCGCCCGAAGCAGAUCGCUGCCGGGCUUUGGAGCUGCCGCCCGGCGGCCCGUGGGCUCGCUUGGGCCCGCACCCCCCGUCCAUUUGGGAUUUCGCUCGCUGUCCGCGCGCCCCAUCCGGCCUGUGUGUUCGUGUCCACAGCUGCGGCAUGGCGCGCUCUUGGUGUGGCCUAGGUAGCAUUCCGUCGUGGAUGGGUGUAGCCGUUCCGGCAGGCCCUCUGCAGCGCCUCUCAGUGCUUUUUAUUUGCGUGCGUGAUAUGCUAAAGGUAAAGUCCC